CUGCAAUUGGCGAACCAGAGCCCAGAACCGGAAGUCGUGUGCACGACCAACUACUAUUCGGCUGUAUUCGGCUUCCGUUCCAUUGCGUUCUUCUUCUCGUGUGUCGUUGAGCGGUUUCUCGUCGAUAAACGUAACUCGAAAGACUAAAAUAUAAGUAUACAGGGAAAGAUUGAAGACGAUUUCAUACGGAAAUAAUGGCGGCGACAAUGAGAUGUCUUAUGAGGCUCAAUGUGGGAUUGGCAAAUAAUCCUUUCCUGAGAAAUGGUUUGCUGAAUUCUUGCAGAUUUUUAUAUUCGGACAAUAGUCUGGGUCUGCAAGGCUACGAAAAUGCGCGAUUAAACUUUCGCAAUCAGUUUUUGAAUGUGGAGAAUACAUUCCGCAACAAAAUGGAGGAAGUGUGCAAUGCAGACUUGGGUGUUGUCUUCACAGAAGAUCUAAAGUCUAUGUUGCACCUAGCUCAAAAGAAACCCGAAGAUAUUGAAUUGCUGAUCAAAAUGUUAACGAAAUUUAAUAGUCAAUCCAAAGAGAUGAGAUUUGGUACUUUCGUCUUUGGUCCUGUGGUGAUGCGCACCUUCUACUACUUGGACGAACCCGAUCUUGCAUUCACAGCUUUCAAGGAUCCUAAAUUUGAGAAUUUCUUUGAUCAAUUGGUCAGUUAUCAGAUUCUUCUGUGUUUAUUAUAUAAGCAUGGAAAAUAUACAGAAAUGAGAGAAGUGUAUGAUACAAUUAAGGACAAACCCAUGGAAAGUGGAUAUCCCAGAAAUUCUUUUAUAUUAGUCAUGGCUGCCUGUUACAAGGAGAAUACACCAGAGACACUCGAGUACAGCUUGAAGCUCUGGAAAGAGCUAGAUGAAAAGGGACUUCAAAUCAUGCGUAGAGCUACUACAUUUUUAGCAGCUUUAGCUAUUAAGCAGAAUUCACCUCAUAUAGCUAUAGAAAUCUUGAGUACAUUAAGAGAAGCCAGAUAUAUCCACAUUAGAUGUUUGAAAAUUACAGCUUAUACAGAUUUGAAGAGGUUUACUGAGAUAGUGCCCAUACUUAGAGCCUCGCUUGAGCAUGACAGACCAAAUGCCCAAAAAGAAUGUUAUUUCAAAGAUGUGAUUGAAAAGCUGGAGGAAGCUAUGGCAAAGGAGAAUGUCCCAGAAGACUUUGAACUGUACAAGUUGAUUACUUUAUUGAAGCAGGAUGAUCACAUUUUACCUGAUACUUUAGAAGAUAGUCUCUGCGCGGAAAUAAAGAUUGAUAAAUCGAGAUCAAGGAGAUUUGACACACUAUCACCGAAAUCUAAUUUUACCAAUUUCCAACCGCGACAGCGAAUGUUAACGCGUAAUAAUAGUAGACCAGCGUUGCGAGAUCUUUUGUAAGUAUGUUUAUAUGAAAACGUGUCUAUACAGAAGUUGUAGAACGUGUCGUCUCUAUAACCCGAUGUUUAGUUUAUCUGAAACAAAUUUAAGAUUAAAUCAAUGUAUGAACAAAUAAACAUGAUUUGUUUCGAAC